AUGAUGUCCAGGAGAAAGAUCUCCAAAGUCCUGUGCAUCGGGCUCUCUUUGCUUGUUGCCUUCAAUCUCCUGCUGAUGUUUUACACCAAGGGGACUUUACAAAAGUUGCUUCUGGCUGGCGUCCCCAAGGGGCUUCAUUUGCCUGAAUGGGAAGGGGCAGUGAUCCAGAGACUCUCCCACCUGGAGGUGGAUUUGCAGCAGCUGAGAGAGAGCAUGAAACGGGCUAUGAAGCAACAAGAAGACGCAAUCCCCACCCUGCAGAGUGUGAACGAGGAAGAAUACCCCCGUCAGCCUGCAGCAAAAGCCAAGGCCCACGAGGCAAAGAACAAAGCUCCAGGGAAACUCUUCCCAGACUCGCCACUCUUCCGGCAAUGGGGUGAGGGUCUUUCCAAGGCCCAACAGCUAAAGGCCCAGGACCUCUUUGAGAAGUUUGGCUACAACGUGUACCUCAGUAACCAGCUGCCCCACAACCGCAGCCUCCCCGACACGCGCGACUCCAGGUGUCUUCAGAAGACGUAUCCUUCACCACUCCCAUCCCUCAGUGUUGUUCUCAUAUUCGUGAAUGAAGCGCUGUCUAUUAUACAACGGGCCAUCACCAGUAUCAUCAACCGGACCCCCUCUCGACUGUUGAAGGAGAUCAUCUUGGUGGACGAUUUUAGCUCAAACAGAGAAUUAAAGGAAUAUUUGGAUGAGAGGAUCAAGCUUUACAAUCAGAAAUACCCAGGGCUGCUGAAAAUAAUUCGCCAUACCAAGAGAAAGGGUCUUGCUCAAGCACGCAACACCGGCUGGGAAGCUGCCACGGCUGAUGUGGUCGCCAUCUUGGAUGCUCAUGUUGAAGUCAAUGUUGGAUGGGCAGAGCCCAUUUUGGCUCGGAUUCAGGAAGAUCGCACGGUGAUUAUUUCUCCUGUGUUUGACAACAUUCACUUUGACACCUUCGUGCUGGAGAAGUACGACUUGGCCGUGGAUGGGUUCAACUGGGAACUGUGGUGCCGCUACAAUGCACUGCCACAAGCCUGGCUUGCUCUCCAUGACACCACUGCUCCAGUGAAGAGUCCUUCCAUCAUGGGCAUCCUGGCUGCCAACAGGCUCUUCCUGGGAGAAAUUGGAGCCCUGGAUGGUGGGAUGCUGGUCUAUGGAGGAGAAAAUGUGGAACUUAGCCUGAGGGUGUGGCAGUGUGGAGGGAAGAUCGAGAUCUUACCCUGCUCCCGGGUUGCUCACCUAGAGAGACACCACAAGCCCUAUGCCUUGGACCUGAUCCCUGUCUUGAAGCGCAAUGCUCUUCGAGUGGCUGAACUCUGGAUGGACGAGCACAAACACAUGGUCUACUUGGCCUGGAACAUUCCUGUCCAGAAUUCUGGCAUUGAUUAUGGAGAUAUCUCUUCCAAAAUGGCACUCCGGGAGAAGCUGAAAUGUAGAAGCUUUGACUGGUACCUGAAAAACGUGUAUCCGAUCCUUAAACCAAUCCACAGCAUCGUGGGCUAUGGACAGAUGAAAAACUCAUUGGAUCAACGUGUCUGCCUGGAUCAAGGGCCCAUUCCAGGCAACACCCCGAUCAUGCAUCAGUGCCACACUUUCAACCCACAGAAUGUCUACUACCACCUGACCGGGGAGUUCUACUUGGGACCGCUGAUCGCAGAAGCCAGAACUGAUGACCGCUGCCUGACAGAUCGUGGUGAUGGGGACAGACCCACACUGGAGGCAUGUUCCAUCGCGGCCCAGAAUGGGUGGCACAUAUACUGGGAUUUUACACAGGGAAGCGCGGUCAUCAACAGGGGCACCAAACGGUGUCUGGAGGUGAAGAAGGACCCUUCAGGCAUGUUUGUGCCUGUGCUCCGGACCUGCACCUCACAGGCAUGGAAAAUUCAGCACACCCUCAAAAACUGGGGCCUCCCUCCAAGCCAGUGA